CCACCUUUUCCCCGGCUUGCAGCUUUGUCCCGCCUGCCCCACCAACCCAGUUCCGCUUCCGGUUGCCGGGGUGCUGAGGUUCUGAAAGUGGUCUCUGCGGUGGUCGUGAUGGGGAAGUCAGAUUUUCUUACUCCAAAGGCCAUCGCCAACAGGAUCAAAUCCAAGGGGCUUCAGAAGCUACGCUGGUAUUGCCAGAUGUGCCAGAAGCAGUGUCGAGACGAGAAUGGCUUUAAGUGUCAUUGUAUGUCGGAAUCUCAUCAGAGACAACUAUUACUGGCUUCAGAGAAUCCUCAGCAGUUUAUGGAUUAUUUUUCAGAGGAAUUCCGAAAUGACUUUCUCGAACUUCUCAGAAGACGCUUUGGCACGAAGAGAGUCCACAACAACAUUGUCUACAAUGAGUAUAUCAGCCACCGAGAGCACAUCCAUAUGAAUGCCACUCAGUGGGAAACCCUGACUGAUUUUACUAAGUGGCUGGGCAGAGAAGGCUUGUGCAAAGUGGAUGAGACACCAAAAGGCUGGUAUAUUCAGUACAUAGACCGAGAUCCAGAAACUAUCCGCCGACAACUGGAGCUAGAGAAAAAGAAGAAACAAGACCUUGAUGAUGAAGAAAAGACUGCCAAAUUUAUUGAAGAGCAAGUGAGAAGAGGUCUGGAAGGGAAGGAACAGGAGGUCCCUAUUUUCACGGAAUUAAGCAGAGAAAAUGAUGAAGAGAAAGUCACAUUCAAUUUGAAUAAAGGAGCAUGCACUUCAGCAGGAGCAACGUCUUCCAAACCAAGCUCCUUGGGGCCGAGUGCACUGCAGACACUAGGGAGUGCAGCAGCAGUGAAACGAAAAGAAUCUUCCCAGAGCUCAGCUCAGGCCAAAGAAAAGAAGAAAAAGAAAUCUGCGCUUGAUGAAAUCAUGGAGAUUGAGGAGGAAAAGAAAAGAACUGCCCGAACAGACUACUGGCUACAGCCUGAAAUCAUUGUGAAAAUUAUAACCAAGAAACUUGGAGAGAAAUAUCAUAAGAAAAAGGGUAUUGUUAAGGAGGUAAUUGACAAGUAUACAGCUGUUGUAAAGAUGAUUGAUUCUGGAGACAAGCUGAAACUCGACCAGACUCAUUUAGAGACAGUAAUUCCAGCACCAGGAAAAAAAAUUCUGGUUUUAAAUGGAGGCUACAGAGGAAAUGAAGGGAUCCUGGAAUCCAUCAAUGAAAAGACUUUUUCAGCUACUAUUGUCAUUGAAACAAGUUUGGAUGUUUGGUUUGCCUCCUCUCCUGUUUGGAAAUCUGUACUCUGGACCUUUAAAAGGACGAAGAGUUGAAGGAAUUCAGUAUGAAGACAUUUCCAAACUUGCCUGAGUUUGAAAAUUUGUUAACAACACAUUAAAAUCCUAGAACAUCAAAUUGGUGUUUGCCAAGGCGUUAUGAGAACUCUACUGUGUUAGGGUGUUUCUUUUGUACAAAGCAAAUGAAUCUAUUUAAAUGUUACUAUAUGAGGUGAGCAUUUCACCUAGUGGUUAAGUUGGGAGGCAGCACGUAAUGGCUCCAGAGUUGGGUCCUUGCCACCGGUGAGGGAGACCUAGGCUGUGGUCCUGGCUCCUGGCUUUGACCCAUCCAGCCCUAGUUGUUCGAGUCAUUCAGGGAGUGAACCAGCAAAUGGGAGCUCUCUGUCUCUCUGCCUCAUAAAUUAAUUAAUUAAAAAUAUAACUGUAUACUUGUUUAGCUAAACUUAAUGGAAAAAUUAAUUAUGUCUCAUGUACUAUCUGAAGUGUCAUUUUACCCUUGUUAUUUUUUGUUCCUUUGUAAUAUUUCCUUGAGAUUUUUAAAUUCUCAUUGAAGAAUGUUAUUGUAAAGCAUUGUAUAUAAGACAAUUUAGACUCAUAAUUGAAAUCUUUCAUGUAUUCUAAAUUUAUAUUUUUAGUAAAGUUUAAUUAUAAUUAAAAUUUUCAAACUAUAGAUAUAAAGCAGCUUUAUUGCCAUUUAAUUCACACAUUACACAAUUCACUAAUUUAAAGUAUACAGUUGAGUAAUUUUCAGCAUAUUUACAGAGUUGUGUGAUGAUUUCAGCUAAUUGUUGAGAAUAUUUUCAUUUCGCCACACAGAAACCUUUUACACAGUUAAUCCCUAUUCUACACCCCAGACCCUACUAAUCUACUUUCUAUCUCUAUGGUUUACCUCUUCUGGACAUUUUAUAUAAAUGGAAUAAAACAACAUAUAGCCUUUUA